AUGCCGGCUGGUAAUAGCUGGAUGAUGGAUGACGCAACUCGCAACAAACUGCUCAAGAGGUAUAAAACCCAGGUGGCUUCGGCGACUUCUACCAUCUGCGCGACUUUGGCUGUGACUCCCCUGGAGAAUGUCAAGACUCGUAUGCAGACUCACAACUUUUCCAAUGUGUUUCAGUGCAUCCGCUAUCUGUGGCGUACUGAGGGACCCCGCGGUUAUGUGGCUGGUGCCCUCCCCCCUCUGGCUAGUGUUACGGCCGUUCGUGUCGUGAACUUCUCGACCUACAAUGCCGCCAAGCAUCGCAUCUCCGACUUUGUCCAAAGGAUGACGGGUGAGUCUCCUUUGGCCGUUUACAACCAGCCGGGCAGCACUCCCACCGUGUCGACCCUUGCGACUUUCACCGCUGCGGGUCUGUUUGCUGGACUCAUCAGCUCUCCGCUUGCCUGCCCCUUUGAACUGGCCAAAAAUGUCGUUCAGACCUCGGUCUUGGUUUCCAACCGGGCUCAGGCCGCCCCGGAUGCGGUGGGAGACCCAUCGCUGCGUAGUAAGCCCCGUCUCGGCACCAUUGAGGCGAUCCGACAGAUCGUUCAGCGGUAUGGAUUUCGUGGCCUGUACACCGGAUUCCACCUGCACGCCUUGCGCGACACCCUCGGAUCGGGUCUGUAUUUUGGGGUCUACGAGACGGUGAAGCAACUGGCCUCCAAAGAGCUGGGCCCGGACAAAUCGCCCUUUGGUGGACCGAUGAUUGCCGGUGCCAUAUGCAGCACGGUGCCUUGGUUUUGUACUUAUCCCCUCGAUACCCGUAAGACGCGCGCACAGAGCGUGUUGCUGGGAAAAACUAAGGACAUCAGCGAGGCUUCGGCGGCGGUGGCCAAGUCGAGCAUGUACAAAGGACUGUCGAUCAUCCUCAUCCGCACUGGAGUGAACAACAUGAUUCUGUUGAGCAUCUUUGAGUACAUCAAGAUGAAGAUCAACCAAUUGGACUGA